CUGUCUGCAGGAUAUCAGUGCAGCGAGGAGAAAAUAAAGUGUAUGCACGGUGGUGCACCAGGUCUGAAGGUUGGUCCGAAUCUUUGCACCGCGUUUGUGGAUGUGUGCAGGACGUGCGCCAGGGUGUAAAUCAAUCGACCCGACCAACACCGCCGGAUCAAGCCCCAGGCCGGCAGACAGACACAGAGAGGGAGAGAAGGAGAGAGAGGCUCUGUACCCGGGAUUAAUGCCCUCCUGCAGCUCUGUAUGUCCGUAACCUGUGUUCGCGCGCGGCUCCGAGUUUCUGCGCAGGGCGAUCAGGGCGAGCGCUGAGAAAUGUAAACACUGGCAGUGUGUGCGUGUGUCCCAGAGAGAGUGUGUGUGAGGGAUGAGCGGCGGGAUGGAGCGCGCGGAGCCGGAAGCGGAAGGAGCGCACGGGCCGCAGAGACUCCGGCCCUCCUCAUACCGCGCGCUGCGCAGCGCCGUGUCCAGCCUCGCGCGCAUCGACGACUUCGUCUGCGAGAAGAUCGGCUCAGGCUUCUUCUCGGAAGUGUUCAAGGUGAAGCACAGGUCGACCGGGCAGAUCAUGGCUCUGAAGAUGAACACUCUGGCCAGUAACCGAGCCAACAUGUUGAAAGAGGUGCAGCUCAUGAACCGUCUCAGCCACCCCAACAUCCUCAGGUUUGUAGGAGUGUGUGUACACGAAGGACACCUCCAUGCCCUCACGGAGUACAUUAACGGUGGAAACCUGGAGCAGCUGUUGAGCAGUGACGUGUUUCUGUCCUGGGCUGUGAGGAUGGGCCUCGGGCUGGACAUCGCACGAGGACUGCAGUACCUCCACAGCAAGGGUAUAUUCCACAGAGACCUCACCUCAAAGAAUUGUCUGGUGCGUUGGGAGAACGGCCUUUGCACUGCUGUGGUUGGGGACUUUGGCCUGGCAGAGAAAAUUCCAGACUACAGCGAUGAUGCACAGACGCAGCCUCUCAGCAUUGUAGGCUCUCCGUACUGGAUGGCUCCUGAGGUGCUCAGAGGAGAGCAGUAUGAUGAAAAGGUGGAUGUUUUUGCCUAUGGCAUUAUCCUCUGUGAGAUCAUCGGUCGGAUUCAGGCAGAUCCAGACUUCCUGCCCCGCACAGAGGAUUUCGGUCUAGACGUGGAUGCAUUUCAGCAGAUGGCAGGAGAAUGUCCCCCUGCUUUCUUCAGCCUAGCAGUCACCUGCUGUUGUAUGAAGCCGCUCGGUCGUCCUCCGUUCUCGGAGAUCGUGUCUGAUCUGGAGAGGAUCAGUGCUGGCCAGCAGGGGGCGCACACGGGACCUGUGAAGGCUGAGCCAGUCACACCUAGUUCCAGGUUUCUGUUUGAUAGAAGAUCGUCUUUGGAUGCCAUGGUGGAGGAUCGUCUGUCCCUGAAUAGAUCGGAUGUGUUAUCUCCGAUCCAGAGCACGCCAGCACGCGUCAACCCCUUCUCUCAGAGGCACGACCUCAAUGGGGGCCGCAUCAAACUUUUCGACACGCCUAGCAAAUCUGUCAUCUCGCUCACCUUUACCCUGCCUCCACCUCCCGACCCCUGCAGCCCCACGACCUGUGAAAAAGCCCCGUCCCGAUCCCACAGACGUUGCCAGUCUCUGCCCUGCACACCAGAGGACAUCCAGUCAUUAAGGAGUAACACGGACAGAGACGCUCAGCCGAGUGUAACGCCUCCGGACGCUAACGAGUCUCCGGCUCGCGUCGAUAAUCUUCCCAACAUGGACAGUGAUAGCAUGGCAAACAUUUACACCGAGGUUGAACAUGAUGGUGUGUUCUGUUCUCAAACAGAUGUUGAAAAUGGGCGCAAAAUCGUAAAAGACUUUAUUCAUGAAGAACUGGAAGAGGAAGAUUGCAUAGGGAAGGAGAAGCUAAAGGACUCCAGUUGUCUAGCAGACGACUCUGGUGUUCCCAUAGAUCUUGAGUUGAUGUCCAUAGAUCGCCUGACGGAGGGGAGCUUAGAGGAAGCCAUGGACUGCAUCAGCUCCCCCAGCACACCAUGUGAUUCACCCAAACCCUUGACCAACGGCUGGGACCAACCUGUAUCGAACAGACCCCCAUGUUUACCCCCUUUACCCGAUCUGGACAACAACAACAGCCCUGCGCAACCUUUGAAUCUACCAGUCAAUGGUUUCCACGGUGCCACGACCCCAGCGACCCCUCCGGAACAGGAUGAGGUCGUAGCGUGUUCAGGCUGCUGCCUGGCGGGGUUCAGUUUUCCGUCUAUGUGCAUCCGCGGGCCGCGCCACAACCCAUAUAAGAACUUAAACGGCGAUUCUGCCACGAGGGAGCUGCUGUGCAGAGUGCAACCUGCCUCACCUCCUGCACACAGCUCACACGCUUAGUGAUGAACUGCAUGAGAGAGGACACUGCACAUUUAUCUUAUGCCUUAAAACCUGCUGCUGUUGCACAUUUCUUAGAGAAAAAAAAGUGUUGAUGAAUUGCGCAGGGGCUUUGUGGGAUGUUAUUGAUUUUGCCCAGUGAGUUUGCUCCUUUGUUUAACAUAAUUGUUAUGCCCUUCUGUGGAUUUAAUGAACACUUUCUUAAGGAAAGAGAAUAUUGUAAAAAAAAAAACAAAGAAAAAGAAAAUAAAUGUCGAUUGCACAGCUGAGCUGUUGAUAAUAAGUAUAUCAUUAGGAGGUGCUGCGCAUUGUGUACCUAACUAUGCCUAUGUAUUUAAAGAAAGAGAGAUCUAGUAAGUUGUAAAUUAUUUUAUUUUCUGUACGGUCUUUAUUGCCUUGCUUUUCUGUAACGGCACCUGAGAAGUCUAUAUAUGAAAACGAAUGUUCUAGAUUGUUAUUGUUUCUGAAAAGAAUGAGAUGUACAAGUUUGUUUAAAUGUUAUUUUAUUAAGGAAAUUAAAUUGCAUUAAAAUAUGAAACAUGA